CUUGUUCACUCCCACCAUUAUUGCUUCUCUUGCAGUUCCAGAGUUUCAAUGGAGUUUCACCUCCUACCCAUCCUAGCUUUUCUCUGCCUAGCACUGACAAGCCAUGCUGUUUUACCUUCUGAAGUGUACUGGAAUUCUAUGCUGCCAAACACUCCAAUGCCAAAAUCUAUCAGAGAUGUUUUACGGCCAGACCUGGUGGAAGACAAAAGCUCUUCUGUAGAUGUGGGGAAGGGUGGUGUAAAUGUUGAUGCAGGACAAGGAAAACCUGGAGGUGGCACCAAUGUUGGUGUUGGCAAAGGAGGAGUAUCUGUGAACACAGGCCACAAAGGAAAGCCUGUGUAUGUUGGAGUAACACCAGGGCCAUCCCCUUUUACUUAUAAGUAUGCUGCUACUGAGGAUCAACUUCAUGCUGACCCAAGUGUGGCUCUAUUCUUCAUGGAAAAGGACAUGCGUCCUGGCACAAAGAUGAAUUUGCACUUCAUUAAGAAUACAAAAGAAGCCACUUUCUUACCCCAAUCUGAACACCCGAUAAUUUUCUCAUCCGAAAAAUUGCCAGAAAUUUUGAAGCAUUUUUCAGUGAAACCAGAAUCUGUAGAAGCUCAGAUAAUUAAGAAUACAAUUAAAGAGUGUGAGGCGCCUGGAACUAAAGGUGAGGAAAAGUAUUGUGCAACUUCAUUAGAAUCUAUGAUUGAUUUCAGCAUUUCAAAGCUGGGAAAACGGGUUCAGGCAAUUUCAACAGAGGUGGUGAAGGAAACUCAGAAGCAGAAAUACACAAUUGCAGCUGGAGUAAAGAAGAUGGCAGGUGAUGAAUCAGUGGUGUGUCACAAGCAGAACUAUCCUUAUGCUGUGUUUUACUGUCACAAGACCCAGACAACAAGGGCUUAUAUGGUUCCCUUGGUGGGUGCUGAUGGGACCAGAGCUAAAGCAGUAGCUGUGUGCCAUACAGACACAUCGGAAUGGAACCCCAAGCAUUUGGCUUUUCAAGUGCUCAAAGUUAAGCCAGGAACCAUUCCAAUCUGCCAUUUCCUUCCUGAGGAUCAUAUCAUCUGGGUUCCCAAAUAGAAAUCUGCAGUAUAGACUUGUGGCAUGUUAGCCCCAUCCAUCACAUGGUGUGUUUGAAUAGUAAUAGUUUGAUAUUUAUGUGUAUUUCAACCUUCAGCACAUUUGGUUAUGUACAAAUGUUGAAGCAUGCUGAAA